UCAUCCAUCAUCCCCAGCGCUUUGGUUCGUUUCCAGCACAUGGCCCAGUAACAGCAGGGCGGCCGGACCACCCACCGCCGUCUCUCCACGCCCACACGACGCCGGAGAACCUCGCAGCGCCGAACCGGAAGAGGACCCUGCGAGCGCCGCCUGGCUCGGUGGCAUCCAUCGCCGGGAGGCGAGAGCGCGUGCCGCGCGCAGCGGCGGAGGAUUUUCUCGUCCCCCACCGCAGCUCCUGAAACCCCAACCCUCUCUUCCGCCCAAACUCCACGCGUCGAGAAAUUCGGGGAGGAUGUCCGGACUGGCCGCGAGCGCGCUGCCUCUCGCCGCAGGUCCCAACCGCUCGCCGCGCCCACUGACGCCAUGUCCGUGCUCAUCUCCUCUUCCUAGCCAGAUCCUCACUUUCCGCCCGCGGUUUCCUUCGUUUGCAGGCCCGUCUCCGCUUCCGCGGUGCAGACUGACUCGACCCAGCGGCCUAACGAGGCCUCCACUACUCAAGGUUGCCGAGCUGCAACCAUGCCUUCUUCCCCGAUUUGCUUCGGCCAAGCGGCUGAAAUGUGCGGCUGCGUCGGGCAAUGGGCGUCAGGGACUUCGCGCCAGCCAAUACCGGUUUGAUGAUGAUGAGCCGCUGUGGCUUGCGGUGGUUAGAGAAUUCGCUGUGAGCGUGAGGAACUUGGUGGUUUUCUUGGCUGAGCAGCCAGGGCAAUUGAAGCACCUCGAAUGGCCGGGCUUCCGGAAUACAUUGAGGACGGCAGCACUUACUCUCAUACUCGUUGUGGUGUUCAUUGUUGCCUUGUCUUCCGUUGAUGCUGCCCUUUCAUACAUUUUGUCCUGGCUACUUCGGAAAUCUGCGUAGUUUACUGUGUGCAGGGAACCAAUAUAAAAUGUUUGGCUGCAGGCAAGCAUCUAUCUGGCAGUUAUCGGCGUCAUGGAUCUGAAUUUGGACUUUCUGUCUCAUGGAUCUGAAUUUGGACUUUCUGUCUCAUGGAUAUGAAACUACAUAACCAUUUCCUCUAUAAUGUUCCAUAGUGGAUGCAGAUCUUUGGAGAAAUGAGGAGACGAAGAUGGAGGAGAUCGAGUUUUGCCGGAGACGAAGCGCUCGGGUCCUCACUGGAGCGAGCAGCCGGCAUUCAUCUUCCUCCAGGUUAUCUCUCAUGAUCACAUAUUUUGUUGCAUCAUAUCAACUGGGGUUGCCCUGAAAUCUGAAUCACAGGCUGCACCAUGCGGUUCAUGUUUAUAAUAGCGAUAAAAAUGCACUUCUUUAUUGACACAACUCAUGCGAUGGGACCAAACAUGACACAGAAUCUGAUUCACUGUGAUGAUUAUUCAUAGUUCUCAUCUAAUCAAUUUGCUUCCGUCAUUUCGUUCGACAGAGCAUAUUCUUUAAUGUCUGUAUUCACAAGCACCAUUCAGUUAUAAUGUUAUAUACAUCCAAGCGGAAUUGAGAAACAUGGGAAGGUGGGAGGGAGAAAGCACAAAUGCAUUUUAUGGCAUGGACUCUGCCUUUUCUGCUCAUAAAAUAAGGGUACUGAAAUCCACAUGCAUAUUGCACAAGAGAAAGAACUAGAAACUACUGCAGAAGUAUUACAUCCGUACAUAUAUUUCGAACUAUUUCUGCAAGGUUGCAACACACAAGCCAGUCACAUAAAUUAUGACAUUUGAUAUGGUACAAGUGAUUACCCCUAAACCACUCACUACAUCUUUCGCCUAAUCGUCUAAAAGAGCCAUCAGCUCGGAACAUCAAUUUCAAACCCGAAACCAAGUCAACCAACCUAGUGCUUACUAGUCAACAAUACUAGCUAUAGCUAAAUACAUGGCAUCAGUAAUGUACACACAAAUGCAAAAACUUCAUAGCACACUGGUCCAUUUACAAUGCUAAGUACUUGGCAAUUGACCCAAUAGAU